AUGGGGGGGAACGGCGCCAAUCAGUUCACAUGGUUCCCUGGCAACAAGCUGGACUGGGGCCUGGACAUUGUCACCCUUCUGGCGGUUAUCGGCGAGUCGUCCAUCGGUGAUCAGUCCCAGGCCAUCACUGCCUCGCUGUUCUGCGUCCUCCCACGCCUAAUACCCGCCCCCCAGGCUCUGCUAAAGGCCACCAGGCCAACCCGCAUGCCCGAGACGCUGGCCAAGAUGACGGGCGUGCUGAGCGGCACGACCCUAGAGUCGGUCGGCUACUUCGCCAACAUCAUCCAGCCGCUCAAUGAGCUCCCCGCGUACAGCUUCAAGGUGCUGAAGAUUGAGCACCGCGAGAACUUCCAGUUCGAGGACGUCCAGGUAGGCACCCUCGCGACCGAGUAUGGCUGGAUCAGGGCUGUUUACACCAAGCUGAUCAAGCUCCUGCCGGGUAAAACCCCCGAGCGGCUGCGCGUGGCCAUGCCAAGAGCGCCGCCAAGGGACGACGAGGAGAUGGCACAGCUGCCCCAUGAGAACGGGACCACCACCGCCAGGGACUUCGCCCAGCCUGGCGAACCACCAAGGCCCGUGCAGCGCCGUGCGACGCUGAGGGAGACAACACAGGACUUCUUCACCAACCCCACAAUGGCCCUCAGCGGCGAGCGUCCCGCGGUGCCGCCGAAGCUCUGGUCCCCGAUCCAUAUCCUGAGCGUCUUCUCCUGCUCCAUCAGCGUGGCCAUUGUAGCCUGCGGUAUAGCUUGGAAGGAUGGAAACGCAAUCAUAUCUGUCACUCUGAUCUCGCUCACCUCCACCAUUGUUGGCAUUGCGUCGUUCUGGCGCCCGCGGCUUAUGAAGCGCAGGCAUAACAACAAUGUCCCCCCUGGCGAUGUCAUGAUCCGUACUCGCGAGGGUGCCUUCCUCCUCAUCAAGUGCACCGAGGACGUCGCCCGAGAACUCUACUCCGGGACUGAAGAAUGCGACUACUAUGUCGGGGAGCGCACGUACCGCCUCCUGAUGGGCAUCGCCACCACUCUGCUGAUGGUCAGUGUUGUCCUGCUCGGUAAUUGCACGUGGGACCUGCAGAUGUUCAUCGCGGGCACCUACAUCCUCCUCAACGGCCUGUACUGGGCCCUGGGCAUGCUCCCCCGCUCCUCCUUCUGGGACCUGUCGCGGUACAAGUGGGAGGACAUCACCAAGGAGGACGCCCAGAACGCCGAGGGCGUCACGGACCCCAACGACCAGCGCGAGGGCCACCCGAGCUUCACGCGCACGCUGUGGUACGCCAUCCGCGAGACCGAGAGCGUCGGCUGGGUGCAGACGAGCGGCGCCGCGCCCGUGAGUGAGCACUGGAAGGAGUGGCUGCGCGAGGCGCACAUCAACGCCAGGGACGGCAACCGCGACUGGAACGCAGUCGAGAGGAAGAACCAGAUCAUGAACACGAGGAAUGCGGAGACGGAGCUCGGCGACCUGGCGGGCGAGACCGCACCGGCCACGCAGGUUAUGAGACCCGGUGCUGUCGAGGGAGGUUAA